AUGGUCAACGAACUCGAUGAGCUACCCGAUGGCCUCAUCGGGGGCUACCACGGCCACAGCCUCACCGUGCGCAUCUUGAUGAUUGUCUUUUCCUCAAUCGCCCUGUACAAUGCCAUCGAAUUGUUCAUUUUAAUAUUUCUCACCUUUCAAUCCUAUCGCGGCCUAUAUUUCUGGACCAUGCUUCUGUCCGUCGCCCUUGGUGUCAUCCCCCACUCGAUCGGCUACAUCCUGGAGUUUUUCGCUCUGGCUCCGCUCUGGCUGUCCUUGACCCUGUCAACCAUUGGGUUCUAUGUCAUGGUGCCCGGACAGUCCGUCGUCCUCUAUUCGCGACUACAUCUGGUUGUGCAGAGUCGACCCGUCUUGCGCUUUGUGCUCUGGCUCAUUAUCGUUGACGCGGUUAUUCUCCUCAUUCCCACCACCGUCCUGACCUUUUCCACCGCCUACAUCCAGACCGAACCGUACAUCAGGGGAUACAAUGUGAUGGAGCGCUUGCAGUUGGCCUGGUUCUGUUGCCAGGAGUUUGUCAUCUCCGGAAUCUACAUCUUUGAGACCGUCAAAUUGCUCCAACUCAUGCCAGAUAAGGAUCAGCGCCGGACUAGAAUCAUGUACGAGCUGCUAGCCAUCAACUUUGUCAUCAUUCUCCUAGAUGUCGCCCUGCUGGUGGUGGAGUACAUCGGCUUCUACUCGCUGCAGACCACUUUGAAACCCAUGGUGUACAGCAUCAAACUGAAACUGGAGUUUGGUGUCCUUGGAAAGCUUGUCUCAUUGGUCCAGACCUCACGGUCGACACCGACUUCUGCAGAGCAGGACGAGUUUCCGCAAUUCGUGGACCCGAGUCAGCUCACCACUGACGUCACGCACGCGGCCCCUAUUGAUCGUGUACCGCGCGGGAUGCGCGCAUGGAAUACCAUCUCCAUGGAAAGUUUACCAAUGUCCGAGCGGAUGCGUUCAUCGACGCGAUCCAGAGUGUCCAGCGACAGUGCCAAACCAUCUUGA